GUGGAGCCGGACCGGUGGCUGAGUGUAUUUCAGCUCAUCAUUCAUUUGGCUGAAGGGAAGCUGUUCCAAUGGCCUCAGAAAAGCAAAGUGAGGAUACAAAGCACCUGUCUGAGCUCCCUGCAGCUCCUCUUCUGAGUGGCAGAACAUUUCAAUGGGGAGCUAUACUUGCUGCAGUGAAAGAUCAGCUCCCAUCUCUGGACUCUGAUGACUCCACACCUGACUGUGACAGUGAUGGGGAGCUUUUCAUCUUCCAGCGGGAACAGCCAAACUUAAUUCCUGACCUGUCAGAGGACCUGAUGGAGUUUUCCCUGGAAGACUCAAACAUGCAGCAAACUCAGGGAACAGAAAGCCAUCCAUGGGAGAUCUGUAAUGGAGAUCGAGAAAGCUUUGGGUUUCAGAAAAAAACAGAUGGUGCCCAAGUCAUUGCAAAAGAUGAUGUACAAGUGAUUAAAGUUGAUACUCUCAGUCUUCCCAGCUAUACUGAAGAAAUGCCAAACAAAAAGGCAGCUGUUGGUGAAGAGUCUCUUGCAGAUUCCACAGAUUGCCUUAAAGGGGAAGAACUGGACAGGACACAGGUGAGGGAAAGACAGACCUCUUGGCUUAAUAAAACAUUGUCUGUGGAGGACUUGAUCAACUGGAAAGAGGGAAGAAAACUGACAGAGACAAAAAUACUCUCCAAAAUAAUCCUGGAGCCAUCACGAGGCCACUCAGAGCCAGGUGUCAAGCCUUCUUCCCAUGGUGUUAGCAACAGUCUAGAAAAAACUGAUAAGGAAGAAAACUCCUCAGAUCAUCUUCAAGGAUCAACCCAUCUGUCACUGCAGAGUAUUGAGAAACGGGAUCUAGACAAGAUUCUUGAGGAGGUGGAGCAGCAGAAAGAUAACACUCAUGCAGAAGUUGCUUUCUCCUCAGCAGAUCAUGGCACCUUCAGGAGUAAAUAUGAAAAUCAGCUCAUGGAAAAGCUAAAAGAGCUGUGUGCCAGGCAGUCUAGGACCGUGUCUCCAUAUUGCAAGUGGCCACCAGCCAAGCUCUCCUUCCAAGAACAUCAGGAGAAUAAGGAUGUUGCCUUGCUAUCAUCUCCACGAAGUUCUUCAAGGAUGGAUAUGGUGAGCUUACGGGGCCUGCCAGACCCUGCAACUGUGUACAUUGACCUGAGAGAUGCUAAACCACAGAAGUCAUUAACGUUCCCUGAUGAGCAACAAAGCACAAGUGACAGCUCCACUGAAGAAGAAGAGACUAUGACAACUGAGGACCAAGCAGAAAGGAGAAGGAGGAAUUGUUCAGCGAAAAGCCUGCUACUCCAACAACUCCAUAGAGCCCAUAAAGAAGCCUCAGAGAUUUCUCAUGAAACAUCUAUCCCAGCUGAAAAACUUGAAGGAAUAAAACAGGAUCCAGAAAGUCUGGAAGAGAUAGGUUCAUCUGAAAUAAAUCAAAGCCCAUAUUCUGAAGUGAUGCAAGAGACAAGUAAGGCAAUUCCCAGGAUGAGAUUGGAACCAGGGAAGACAAAUGCCCCCUUGUCGAGCCAUGGGAGUAAUGGAACUGACAUAGAGAAAGAAACCAAAAUGGAAACUGAGAAGGUUCAAGAUUCAGGAAAUUUCCCAGAGCCUCCUCUCACUACACCAGAAUUGCCAAGGACAGAAGAAAGUAAAAAAGAGCUAUCCCAAAAGGAAGAACAAAUGAAAGAGAGACGCAGGAGACACAGAUUCCAGGAGCAGCUGGAGAGAUUGCAGCCUCAGCAGUCAGUUACUGGAAAGCAGCCCAUGGCAGAGAAUACCCCUGUUUUGUUCCACAUGGUUAGUGGUUUAGUGUAG